AAACAUGGAGAAAGCGGGCUCUGGUGGUGAGCUGUUGUCUUCUCGGCUGGAGACUUCGGGGUCUACAGACGACCGGCUUUUCAUGGUCAAAGGUGGAAUUUUCUUAGGUACUGUUGCUGCAGUGGGAAUGCUAGCUGGAUUUGUUACAACAUUAUCAUUGGCUAAAAAGAAAAGCCCUGAAUGGUUCAAUAAGGGAAGUAUGGCCACAGCUGCCUUACCGGAAAGUGGGUCUUCCCUUGCCCUUCGAGCUCUGGGCUGGGGCUCACUUUAUGCGUGGUGUGGGGUUGGUGUGAUCAGCUUUGCAGUCUGGAAAGCUUUAGGUGUUCACAGUAUGAAAGACUUUCGAAGUAAAAUGCAAUCAAUAUUUCCAACGAUUCCCAAGAACUCCAAAUCAUCUGUUGACUGGGAAGAAGCAUUGAAAUCUAAAUGAGAUGAGUAUGGAUGAAUUCCAAAACAAUUAUUACAGAAAGGGUGGUGCUGGAGACCAUGACAGCAAAAGGACUGGGAUAGAUUUCUGCUCAGGAGCUGGGCAGAUUCUUGACUGAAUCCAUGGGAUGGACAGAAUUUGAUAUCCUCAUCAGAGGCAUGUGCACAUUAUGUACACGUGUGCACCUGU